CAAGGAAAUAAGUAGUUAACCGAGAAUCAGUUGUGUGCAGGCAAGAAGGUAGGAAAAGCCUGGAAGUGAAGCAUCAUAUAGACUGGAGCGCUCGAGUCUGUAUUUUCUCCCUAUAGCUCGAAAAUUGAAAUUGAUUUUCAAGUAAGCGGAGUCUAGGGUUUUGUACUUGGGUUUGGUCAUUGAAGAAAUUCGAAGACAUUCCUAAAUGCAAUGCAAGAAACGGAACAAGAAAAGGAAUGUGAGCUGCGACGCUUGGAGGGGUGUAUAGAGGCCCAUCCAGAUGAUCCCUCCCUUCGCUUCGAACUCGGAGUGUUGUUGUGGGAGGAGUGGGAUGCCAAGGAAAAAGCGGCAGAACAAUUCGUAGUAGCAGCGAAAUUGAAGCCUGAGAUUGAGAAGGGAGGGGCAUUCAGAUAUCUAGGGAUUUAUUACGCAGGUCUAGACUCCCAGUCCCACAGCCAGAGAGCUCUUAAGUGCUUCCAGAAAGCCGUCUCUCUUAAUCCUGAUGACUCCCUCUCUGGGGAAGCCUUGUGUGAUUUGUUGGACCAGCAAGGAAAGGAGAGCUUGGAGGUGGCUGUGUGCCGGGAGGCUUCCCAAAAAUCCCCCAGGGCCUUUUGGGCUUUCCAAAGACUCGGUUACUUGCUACUCCAUCAAAAUAAAUGCUCUGAAGCUGUCCACGGUCUUCAACAUGCCAUCCGAGGCUAUCCUACCUCUCCACAUCUCUGGGAGGCUCUUGGCCUUGCCUACCAGCGACUAGGCAGGUUCACUGCUGCUCUCAAGUCUUAUGGAAGAGCCAUUGAAUUGGAGGGUACAAGAAUCUUUGCUUUGCUUGAAAGCGGAAACAUCUUUUUGAUGCUUGGUUCCUUUCGACAGGGAGUUGAGGCAUUUCAGCAAGCAUUAGAGAUUUCUCCCAAAAGUGUCUCUGCGCACUAUGGGCUUGCUUCUGGGCUGCUGUGUUUGGCAAAGGAAUGCAAUAAUUUGGGAGCAUAUAGAUGGGGUGCUACAGUGCUAGAGGAGGCAUCUAAAGUUGCCUGGAUGUGUACUCAAUUAGCUGGAAAUAUGUCAUCUAUUUGGAAGCUGCAUGGUGAUAUACAACUUACUUAUGCAAAAUGUUAUCCAUGGAUGGAGGAGGACCACAGUUUAGAGUUUGAUGUGGAAGCCUUUGAUAAUUCCAUCCUUUCAUGGAAGCAUACCUGCUGUUUGACUGCGAAAACUGCCAAGUGCUCUUAUCAGCGAGCUUUGCACUUAUCCCCAUGGCAAGCUAAUAUAUAUGCUGACAUAGCAGUAACUUCAGAUCUCGUAGACUCUUUUGAUAACAGUACUGGACAUGAAUUAAGUGCUUGGCAGCCAUCCGAGAAGAUGGCUUUGGGAGCCCUGUUACUCGAGGGUGACAAUUCUGAGUUUUGGGUAGCAUUGGGAUGUUUGUCUGAUCAUAAUGCAUUGAAACAACAUGCUCUAAUCAGGGGAUUGCAUUUGAAUGUAUCUCUAGCUGUUGCGUGGGCAUACUUAGGGAAGCUGUACAGAAAACAAGGUGAGAAGCAAUUUGCAAGGCAAGCAUUUGAUUGUGCUAGGAGUAUAGAUCCUUCACUCGCGUUACCAUGGGCUGGCAUGUCAGCUGAUUUUCAUGCAAGAGAGUCUGCAGCUGGAGAAGCUUAUGAGAGCUGCUUACGAGCUGUGCAGAUAUUGCCUCUUGCUGAAUUCCAAAUGGGUCUUGCAAAACUUGCUCUUGGUUCAGGGAAUCUGUCAUCUUCGCAGGUCUUUGGAGCCAUCAGACAGGCCAUGCAGCGUGCACCUCACUAUCCGGAAUGCCAUAAUUUAACUGGGCUAGUCUAUGAGGCACAAUCCAAUUAUCAGUCUGCCGCUGCUUCCUAUAGACUAGCACGCUGUGCAAUCACCAAUUUGUCAGGCUGUGGUAGAAAAUCUCAUAUGACGGAUAUAUCAAUCAAUUUGGCUCGAUCACUUAGUAGGGCAGGGAAUGCUCUAGAUGCUUUGCAGGAAUGUGAAGAUUUGAAGAAAGAAGGGUUGCUUGAUGUGGAAGGUUUGCAAAUAUAUGCUUUCUCCUUGUGGCAACUUGGUAAGACUGAACUGGCCCUCUCUGUGGCAAGAAAUCUGGCAGUGAGUGUCUCUACAAUGGAACAAACAUCUGCAGCUGCCUCUGUUGUUUUUAUCUGUAGAUUCCUGUAUCAUAUUUCUGGACUGGAUUCGGCAAUCAAUAGCAUUCUGAAGAUGCCAAAGCAACUGUUUCAGAGUUCAAAGAUCAGUUUCAUAGUAUCUGCUAUUCAUGCUCUAGAUCGAAGUAAUCGGCUUGAGUCUGUUGUGUCAAGCAGCCGUUACUAUCUUAAAUCUCAUGAAGAGAUAACUGGAAUGCACUUUUUGAUAGCACUUGGUAAACUAAUAAAACAUGGAUCAGAACACCGUUUGGGAUAUCAAAGUGGAAUUGAUCACCUUAGGAAAGCUCUUCACAUGUAUCCUAACAGUAGCUUGUUAAGGAACCUUCUUGCUUGUCUUUUGUUGUGCAGUGAAGAAUGGAAUGAUACCCACAUUGCAACUAGGUGUUGCGACAUAGACACUACUAAGCCAAGUAAAGGCGGUUUAAAAUCAGCAUAUGAAAUUCUUGGUGCUGGAGCAGUCGCUUGCUAUGCUGUUGGCAAUUGCAGUCCUAAGUUCUCUUACCCAACAUGCACAUACCAGUGCCUGAAUGAACCUGGAGCCAUCCAGCAACUACAGAAAUGUUUGCGCCGAGAACCAUGGAACCAGAACAUAAGAUAUCUGCUUGUUCUCAAUUUACUGCAGAAGGCACGUGAAGAGAGAUUUCCUUGCCAUCUUUGUAUUAUACUUGAGCGGCUAAUAAGUGUAGCUCUUUCUGAUGAAGUUUAUCAUAAUACGGGCAUGUCUUAUGAAUAUAAGAAAUUCCAGCUUCUACUUUGUGCUUCUGAGAUCUGUUUGCAACGUGGUAAUCUAACUGGCUGUAUCAACCAUGCCAAAAACGCUUCAUCGAUUAUGCUUCCCGAUGAUUAUCUUUUCUUUGCACACUUGCUAUUACUCCGUGCCUAUGCCUUAGAAUGUGACACUGUAAACCUUCAAAAAGAGUAUAUAAGAUGCUUGGAGCUCAAGACAGAUCAUCAUAUUGGUUGGAUAUGUCUAAAGUUCAUCGAAUAUCGUUAUGAAUUGCAAAGUGAUUUGGAUAUUUUAGAGUCUAGCUUCAAAGAAUGCUCAAAGGAGCGAAUGAAUUCAUGGAAUAUGUGGAGGGCUCUAUUCAUUCUGGUGCAAGGCUUGAUAUCUAUAUGGAGCCAGGACAUUAUUUCUGCUGAACAGUUUUUUGCACAAGCUUGUUCAUUGGCGGGUGAUGAGAGCAGCCUCCUGCUUUGUCAUGGUGCCACCUGUAUGGAGCUUUCUCGCCAGGGGUGUUCUUCGCAGUUUUUAUCACUUGCUGUACGGAGUCUCACCAAAGCUCAAGAAGGUCCUCUCAUUCCCUUACCGAUUGUCUCAGCAUUGCUAGCUCAAGCAGCUGGAAGUCUUGGUUCAAAAGAGAAGUGGGAGAAAAACCUCCGUCUUGAAUGGCCUACUUGGCCUCAAGAAAUGAGGCCUGCAGAGCUGUUCUUUCAGAUGCAUUUGCUUGCAAGACAGACGAAAGCUAGUUCAGACUCUUCCAGAGUUGAGUUUUGUCAGAGUCCGGAGAAGUGGGUUCUUCGAGCAAUUCACACGAACCCUUCUUGUAUGAGAUAUUGGAAGGUUUUGCAGAAGCUCGUGGAAUGAGUUGCAAACGGUGAAUAUUGGGCAUGCAUUUUGUAUCAUGCUUUAUAUAUAGUACGCCUCCUACUUCAGCUUAGCCUUGGUGUUUAAAAUUUUUACUCAGCUAAUUUUUCGUCGUUGUGCACCAUAUCGAGAGCUGCCUAAUCCUAAAUGCUCCCAGUUUUUCUGACUUUUGUACAAUAUGUCAUCAAGCUGUCCUCAAUUGUAUGUAAAUAUGGAAAGUUUUUUGGGUAAGCUUGUUGCUACAGAGUUAGGUUAAUUAAGUCAUUACAGGAAUAGCAUCCUUUGUAGCAUCAAAUUAGAUUUAGGAAUUGUAUUGAUCAUACUCAUGCUCUACUAAUACAGUUAUUUUAAUGAUUUUUCUGAAGUAGAUUGUGGCUGCUUUACCUGAAAUAUUUUUUUUGCAGUUAUCAUUAACAUGAAGCAUGAAGCCACAAAAUAGC